AUCAAAUUUACCUAACUUAUAGAAUGGCAUCCUUCAGCUGAUGGAAAUUUUGAAUUUCAAAUCAUCUUUGGUUUCAAAAAAUCCUUAAUGCUUACCAUCAAUAGGAAAAUCCUUAACACCCGUUCUUCUAACGGUCCAUUUAUCCUUAAACGGCUCUCUCUCUCUCAAUCGUUUUGCAUAAAAUUCUGAACUUAUUUCUCGUAUUUUCCUGGAAACAAACUCAAUUUUCUCGAGAAAAUUUACAUUCGUGCUCCUGAGAAAGGAAAUUUGACCGGAAGUACUUUGCCGCAUCUCUCUUUAUUGCUCAGGCACAGUUUCUAUUAACAUGUCUAAUCUUCAGAAUGAUCCACUUCUGCAAGUGGAAACGACCUGUGGAUCCCUUCUUUAUGAGUUGCAGAUUAUUUGGGAUGAGGUUGGGGAGUUGGAUGCUGAUAGAGAUAAAAUGCUGCUUGAGCUUGAACAAGAAUGUCUUGAAGUAUACAGAAGGAAGGUGGAUCAGGCAAACAGAAAUAGAGCUCAGUUAAGGCAAGCAAUUGCUGAUUCUGAAGCUGAACUUGCAGCUAUCUGUUCUGCGAUGGGAGAGCGACCUGUACAUAUUAGGCAGUUUGUAUUAUUUCAGGCUGAUAAAAAUGCUGGAAGCUUGAAAGAAGAACUUCAAAGAAUUCUUCCACAACUUGAGGACAUGAGGAAGAGGAAGUUAGACAGAAGAAAUCAGUUCGUUGAAGUUUUAGACGAAAUACAGCAGAUCUCAAAUGAGAUAUAUGGAUCUGCUGCUCAUAUAUUUGUUGAUGAAACUGAUCUCUCAUUGAAAAAACUUGAAGAGUUGCACAGACAGCUGCACGCACUUCAGAAAGAGAAGAGUGAUCGCUUGAAAAAGGUUCAGGAGCAUCUAGAUACUUUAAACUCACUUUGCGUAGUGCUUGGUAUGGAUUUCAAGCACACAGUUACCAAGAUUCAUCCAAGUUUUUGUGAUACUGAAGGAUCAAGGAGCAUAAAUACUGAUACAAUUCAGCAUUUGGCUACUGCAAUACUUAAAUUGCGAGAGAUCAAAAUACAGAGAAUGCAGAAGCUCCAAGAUCUUGCAACUACAAUGUUGGAGCUAUGGAAUUUGAUGGAUACUCCAAUUGAAGAGCAGCAAAUGUUCCAGAAUGUUACAUGUAACAUAGCAGCUUCAGAACAUGAAAUAACUGAACCAAACACUUUAUCUGUGGACUUCAUCAAUUAUGUUGAGGCAGAAGUCUGUCGGUUAGAAGAGUUGAAAUCAAGCAAGAUGAAAGAUCUUGUUCUGAAGAAGAGGUCAGAGCUGGAAGAGGUCUGCAGAAAGACUCAUAUGGCACCAGAAGAAGAUACUGCAAUGGAGUAUGCCAUAGAAGCCAUAGGGUCUGCAGAUAAUGUGGACCCUGCAAGUGUCCUUGAGCAGAUUGAACUUCAAAUAGCUAAAGUUAAGGAAGAAGCUUUUUGCCGGAAGGAAAUCCUUGAAAAGAUUGAGAAAUGGUUGGCUGCAUGUGAUGAGGAGUGCUGGCUUGAGGGGUAUAACAGGGAUGAGAACCGAUACAAUGCUGGUAGAGGAACUCAUCUUACUCUUAAACGUGCAGAAAAAGCUCGUUCUUUGGUUAAUAAGCUUCCAGGUAUGGUGGAGGCAUUGGCUUCAAAAACCAUGGCAUGGGAAAAAGAGAGAGGCAUUGAGUUUUUGUACGAUGGUAUUCGCCUUCUUUCUAUGCUUGAGGAGUAUACCAUAUUAAGACAGGAGAAAGAGGAAGAAAGGCAGAGGCAGCGGGAUCAGAAGAAAUUGCAGGGACAGCUGAUAGCAGAGCAGGAGGCACUUUAUGGGUCAAAACCAAGCCCUUCAAAGACACAAAAUGUGAGAAAAGCUCCCAGAGUUUCAGCUGGAGGCGCAAGCAACAGAAGACUCUCCCUUGGAGGAGCAAUGCUCCAAACUCCUAAACCUGAUUUAACUAACACCAGCAAAGCUACACAGCAUUCACAUCCUGGCAAGAAAGUUGACCGAUUUCACCAAUAUGACCCUUUAAAUAAGCUGCAUGAUGAUAGCUUUGCAACAUUAUCAGCUGGUAGGAGAGGGUCGGAUAUUGCUGGUCUUCCUGCAAAAAUACGUUCCUUCAAUACUGUAAAUGCUCAUGAACCAGAGUCACCAAUGCUUCGGAAACCUUUCUCACCAAUUUCUUCUACAGGAUCAUCAAAAGCUAACGUAUUAGAAGAUGUGACCGCAGCACAUACCGAUACGACUAAGAAGACACUUGGAAUUAAUGAACUGUCCUUCCUUGCUACUACCCCUUUGAAGACUUGUGUCGCAGAUGAAGAGAAUAGGACUCCUAGGGUCAUGCCAAUUCCUGUGUCAACACCACCUUCGACAUUGUCUGUUUCAAUGCAGACUGCUAUGACACCAGCCCCUCCACUUUCGUAUGGCGCUAGUGCAGCAGAAGAGGUUCCUGAAGAAAUUGAGUACUCAUUCGAGGAAAGACGGGCUGGAUUUGUUCUUCCCAGAACUCCUAUCAAGUCGACGCAAGUUUGAUAAAUUGCUGAAGUUUUAGGUGAACUUGACUUGAAACUGUUGUUAUUGCAUGUUAGAUUUUGUCAAGUAAAAUUUUAACAUUGUAUAUAUAGUCUACGAGUAUUGAACGUGGACUAGAUUAUUUAAAAUGUUCCCUAAGAAUGUUAGAUUCAAUUUGGUAUUAUUUCUUAGCUGAAAGAGCAUUAUAAGUUUUGUA